AUGUCUAAUGCCGAAGCGGCCCGUUUGUACGAGUCCAUAAUUGAAGAUGUCAUAGCGGAAUCCCGUCAGGACUUUGAAGACAGUGGGAUAGACGAAACUACUCUACAGGACCUAAGAAAGCUGUGGCGAGACCGUUUGAGCCUGACCAAGGUGGCAGUUUUCCCCUGGGAUCCUGCCCCGGAUUCUGUUCCAGAACUUGAUUCCAUAUCCGCAAACCAGAUCGCGGCCCCGCAACAGAUACACUCGCAGCAAUUGCUGGUUCCCCAGUCUGAUAUUUCAUUGCCGAUGCCCAAAACCGAAGACCAACAACACAUUAUGCUUCCAGGUGGUGGAAUCGUGAACCAGGCUGAUGGUGGAGCAGAUAUCACAUUUGAGCUUGAUGAGCAGGAUGCCAUGAAGUUGCGCAAGUAUGAGAAGAAAAUACAACGAAAGAGACUUUUGAAGCAACGGCAGGAGGCCCGUGCUUUGCAGGGAGGUUUGGUGACUCAAGCAGAUGGUGGAGAUGAUUCUGAUGACUCCGUGUUUGGAGGUGGAGACUCAGACGAUAUAAACUCAGACUUGGAUGACCCGGACGAUGACGAGCUGAACUCAGACGACGACAAUGAGGACCAAGAAGGGAACAUCAUGUUGUGUCUGUAUGACCGUGUUCAGCGUGUGAAAAACAAGUGGAAGUGCACUUUGAAGGAUGGGGUCACCAAUAUUGACGGAAAGGACUAUGCCUUCCAGAAGGCGACUGGUGACUCGGAAUGGUAA